ACUGGGGUCUGUCCUGGCUGGUUUAACCAGUCAAGAUUUGGGGUUUGUUUUUUACCAAACAAACUCGCUUCAUUUGAAGAAAUUUUUAAUAUUUCAAAUGGCUAUUAGAUGUACAAACAAUCCAAUACCAAGAUUUGUCGAUUAUAGAAGAACCAUAUCACAUUUUUGAGUCUGUAUUUUUCUUGAAAACAAGACAUGAAGUUUAGUGCUGUAUCCCUCAAACAGGGGAAUUGGGUUUUAAUUUUCUGAAAAUGUGCAGAGCUGUGAAUCUCGUUUUGAGGAACACCAUGAAAUAAACGUCCAAAUAUAAGUAGCAUUUUCCACCUAUGCUCAAUAUUAGCCUUGUGGCUAACGAUCUUUGUCUACAGCUAAUGUUUUGAAAUAUGGACGUCUGGAUAUUUUCUUUCCGUUUCCAUCUACACUUUUCGUUUGUCCUUGUGUGACUGUAAUUAUUGCUUUGCUGAAAUAUGUAAACGAUUAUGCCGUUUAUGUUUGUUUAUGUCAACAACGCUGGCUUAGCGUGAAACAGCCCGCCUUUAAACGCUUACUUCAUGAACCGUUUAUCGCCUCGGGCGACGUUUCAGUCGCGACGAGACUUCGCUGCCCGUAAAUAAAGUCGAGAAACUACGUUUACAAAUAUAUCCACUUAGCUUGUGUUAGCAUCGUUUUUAACUGAAACGCGCUUUUCUUGUUUUGUUUUUGUAUAACAAAUCAUCUGUGAGUUUUCUUAGAAGGGAGGGUGUUGAGUGCAGGGUGGUGUUUCCGAGCUGCAGUGAACGCGGCGCUGCGCCUGCGGACUGGUGAAGGCAUCACGCAGAGCAAACAUGAGGGAGUCGAUGCUCCUGCGUGUUGUUUUAAUGGUCUGGGAUGGCGAAACAGUACGACAUUCUCUUCAGGCUGCUCAUGCUCGGGGACUCGGGGGUCGGGAAGACGUGCAUGCUCCGCAGGUUCACCGACAGAGAGUUCGACCCGGCUCACAUUUCCACCAUCGGGGUGGACUUUAAGAUGAAAACGCUGGAGAUCGAUGGCAUCAGGGUUCGAGUGCAGAUAUGGGACACGGCGGGUCAGGAGCGCUACCAGACCAUCACACAGCAGUACUACAGGCGUGCGCAGGGAAUCGUCCUGGUGUAUGACAUCACCAGCGAGCCGUCCUUCCAGCACAUCGUCAAGUGGGCGAGCGACGUGGACGAGUACGCCCCCGAAAAAGUGCAGCGGAUCUUAGUUGGGAACAAAUGUGACGAGGAGUCGUUCAGGCGGGUCAGCAGCGAGGACGGAAGCAAGCUUGCGGAGACAUACGGAAUGGAGUUCUUCGAGACCAGCGCGUCCACCGGCAGCAACAUCAGCGAGUCUUUCACCCGGAUGACUGAAAUGGUCCUGCAGGCGCACAGGAGGGACGUGGACAGCCUGCUGGGCUCUCUGGACGACUACCUGGACAGCGCUGCCCUGGACGACGAGGAGAGCCCAGCAAACAAGCUCAAGACCUGUGCCUGUUAGGGAAUAAAGUCCGGUAGUUCUUUUGAAAUUCCACCUCUUCAGAGUCCUGUCAAGUGUUGAGGGAUGGUAAAGCAGUCACCACUAGUUGCCAGCAGAGGGAGCCAAAGCUUCGGAGGAAGUGCCGUCCCUUCAUUUGGUGCUCGCUAUAACGCAGGAAUUUGCACAAACUACUUUGGGAAAAAUACAUUAAAAUAUUCAGGUCUCAUGAUAAUGUAAAACCCCUGCAAAAAGUUGUGAAAUAAACCCCGUAUUUCCUGUGGUGUAACUUUCAUAAACACGAGUCUAAACUCACUGCUAAACGUUUUCCACGGUUUACACAUUUGAAGAUGCUAUU